CGGCCUUUCAAUGUGAGAACUUGGGGAGCCGAAGAAAAUGUCGGUGGCAUCGCAGUAAAUUACUAAAGCAGCGAGGCUUUAGAGGAAAAAGAGAAGUAAAAACUGCCGUUUUUUGGGACUAAAACUCACCGCCAAAGAGAGACGAGGAGAAGAUCGGUCGGUUAAAGCGAAGUGAGAGCACCAAAUACAGCAGUUUUGGUGGUAGUGUAUGGAAGAUGUCUGGAAAGCGAGACUGGACUCCGUGGAUGAAAAAGAGAAGGGCUCCAGUGUUGUGUGCUCUGGGUGCAGUACUACUGUGCUGCCUGCAGAGCGGCGCCGCUCUCCCCGAUGAGGUGCCAUUGUUCAGUGAGGAGCCCAUGUCUGUGGUGCAGAAGCUGGGAGGCAGCGUGAAUCUACGCUGCAGUGCCCGACCCACCUCCGCCAACAUCAGCUGGCGCCUCAACGGCCAGGAGCUGCUGGAUGGGUACCUGGGUGUAGUGCUGGGACCCAACAGCCUGUACAUCCCCACGCUGUCCAACCUGACCGUGGGCAGAUACCAGUGUGUGGCCAGCACCGGCGCUGGAUCGCUGGCCAGCGUGCCCGCUAACGUCACCGCUGCCAAGCUGCGGGAUUUUGAGCCAGACGACCAGCAGGAGAUCGAGGUCGACGAAGGCAACACGGCUGUUAUUGAAUGUCACCUCCCCGAAAGCCAGCCCAAGGCUCAGGUCCGCUACAGCGUCAAACAGGAGUGGCUGGAAACAUCCAAAGGAAACUACCUCAUCAUGCCGUCAGGGAACCUGCAGAUAGCCAACGCCACGCAGGAUGAUGAGGGGCCGUACAAGUGUGCAGCCUACAACCCCGUCACCCAGGAGGUCAAAACAUCAACCAACGCUGACCGCCUGCGCAUACGCCGCUCCACCUCAGAAGCAGCUCGCAUCAUUUACCCACCAGCCUCUCGCUCCAUCAUGGUGACCAAAGGCCAGCGGCUGGUGUUGGAGUGCGUGGCCAGUGGCAUCCCCACUCCGCAGGUCAUUUGGGCAAAAGACGGGCAAGACCUGCGCUCCCAUAACAACACACGCUUCCUGCUGAGCAACCUGCUGAUCGACGCGGUGGGCGAGGCCGACUCGGGAACUUACAUUUGCAGAGCAGACAACGGCAUCGGCUCGGCCAGCUCUGCAACGGUGCUUUAUGACGUGCAAGUGUUUGAGCCUCCUCAGGUGAUUGUGGAGCUGCAGCAGCAGGAGGUCGUGUACGGACAGACGGUGCGCAUCACCUGCCAGGUCCGCGGCAAACCCACUCCCUCAGUGAUGUGGCUUCACAACGCCCGUCCCCUCGCCCCGUCUCCUCGCCACCGUCUAAACUCCCAGGUGCUGCGUGUCACCAACGUGGGCCCUCAGGACGAUGGACUGUACCAAUGCAUGGCGGAGAACGGGGUGGGCAGCUCGCAGGCCUCCACUCGCCUCAUCACAGUGUCAACCGGGAUUUCCUCCAGAGGGAAGCUACCCUCCAUCUAUCGGCCGCUCAGCCCAGAUAAGGUGCUGAGGGAGCAGCCGCCUGUGAGGCCUGGAGUCUCCGGUGCCAUGUUGCCUCUUGACUGUUCUGAGCUGCCGGGACAGAUCCUGCCUGCAGAGGCUCCCAUCAUCCUCAGCCAGCCACGCACAGGCAAGGCUGACUACUAUGAACUCACCUGGAGGCCGCGGCAUGAGCGAGGAGCCCCUGUGCUGGAGUACAUGGUCAAAUACAGAAAGGUGGGAGACCCUCUGGCAGAGUGGACCUCCAGCAGCCUGUCAGGCGCCCUGCACAAACUGACUCUGGCCAAGCUGCAGCCAGACAGCCUGUAUGAGGUGGAGAUGGCUGCCAAAAACUGUGCCGGUCUGGGACAACCUGCUAUGAUGACCUUCAGAACUGGCAAAGCUCUGUCUUCAGGUCGCAGAGGUCUUGGACAAAUCGACCCACCGAAAACUCCCGCUGUCCCUUCACCAAGCCUCUCUCCUCCCGAAGCCCCUGACAAACCCACAGUCUCCACGGCAACGGAGACAUCCGCAUACGUGACUUGGAUUCCUCGCGGUAACCGCGGCUUCCCCAUCCAGUCAUUUCGGGUGGAGUACAAGAAGGUGAAGAAGGCAGGAGAGGACUGGGUGACGGCGGUGGAAAACAUCCCCCCAUCCCGUCUCUCUGUGGAGAUCACGGGACUGGAGAAAGGUACAUCAUACAAGUUUCGUGUUGUGGCGGUGAAUGUAAUCGGUUCCAGUCCUCCCAGUGCCCCUUCCAAGGCGUACACAGUGGUGGGUGGGAGACCCCAUGAGCGACCUGUUGAUGGACCCUACAUCACCUACAAUGAAGCCAUCAAUGAGACUACCAUCAUCCUCAAAUGGACGUACACUCCUGUAAACAACACACCCAUCUACGGUUUCUACAUCUACUACCGGCCAACAGACAGCGAUAAUGACAGUGACUAUAAGAAGGAUGUGGUGGAGGGAGACAGAUACUGGCAUUCAAUCACUGACCUCCAGCCUGAAACUGCCUACGACAUCAAGAUGCAGAGCUUCAACGAGAAGGGAGAGAGUGAAUUUGGCAACGUGGUGAUCCUUGAAACGAAAGCUCGUCCGAAUCACCAGCGGCCUGUUCCAUCCGAGACCCCAGACCACGGGUUUGGACACCCCAGCGGCUCCGUGCCUCGGCCCGGCGACCUCCCCUACCUCAUAGUCGGUAUUGUCCUGGGAGCCUUCGUCUUUAUCAUCGUCGCCUUCAUCCCCUUCUGCCUGUGGAGGGCUUGGGCCAAACAGAAGCAAACGUCCGACUUGUGUUUUCCCGUCGUGGCCACCCCUGUGUCGUCAUGCCAGUACACCAUGGUUCCCCUCCAGGGUCUCGCUCUGGUAGGCCACUGCCCGCUGGACAGCCACAUGACGGCGCCACAUGGUGUUUACCCUGCUAAUGGAGAAUACACUCCCAACGGCAAACCUCACCACUCCACACACUGUUUACCAGGGCUGCAGCAGGAUGAGGUCGACUGUGAUAUGGAGUGUGACACGUUGUUGCCACAGACGGUAUCAAAUGGACAUCUGCCUGUUUACCACUACUCCAUCAGUGGCCCAGAUCAUCAUGAACAGAGUUGCUGUCCUGCUGAUGACUCCACGCUUCAGCUCCUCAACUCGUCCAAUCAGCACCUCGGUUCACAGGAACCGGGAGGUGAUGGCAACUUCUGCAGUGGAAAUAAAGCAGAGGAUGGCAUCACUAACAAACCAGCAUCCUUUCCUCUUCUCUCUCUAGAAGACGAAGGGAUUUUCACCACAUCGUCCUCAGCAGCCACAACACCACAAUCCCAAGACACAACAAUACAGGAAGUGAACAUCCUCCCAAAUGAAGCGUCCCCUGAGGACGAAAGGACGGCCAACGCAACAGAUGCAUAAAGAGACUGUUAAACAAACAGAAGAAAACAAGAGAAAAUAUUUAUUUUUGUAUCACAGAUAUUUAUAUAUUUAUGCUUUUGUACAUACGUGUCUGAUUAUACUGUAUAUAAGGUUAUUUUCACAUUGAAAAAGACUCUCGCUGAACUCUGUCUGCAUUUCCUGAGGAGGGAAACUUUAUUCCUUGUGAGAAGAUCAGUCAGGGGGACGUUAAAUCUGCAGGGGAUUCCUCUCAGCUCAGCACUUCAUGUCGAGACCCUCCUCACUCCUUGCGUCAUUCCUCACAGACACCCUCCAUCCUAAAUGUUUGGACCUUAGGUACUUAGCUUUACGUACAACCGAAACAAAGGGACCAUUAAAACCAGUCUGAUGCUGUAAUUAUAAGGUGCUUCAUUGCCAUUUAGUUCUGUUGCUUUAUUUUCAAAAUACAACUGUCGUUUUGUAUAGCAGUAACAAAUGUAUUAUGCAUUGUUCAUCAUUAACAAACUAUUAACAAGUGUAUGCAACAUAAAUCAUUCUGUUUCAGUAGUGUACAAGAGAUUAUAUAUUGUAUAGUUAUUUAUUUUUUUGAUUUUGUUAUUUUUUUAAAUCACUGAAUGGGAGAGAUUCUGGAAAAAAAUAAUCUUAAACUCAGUCAUUGAUAAGCUGAACUUUAUACUGCAACCACUUCUGUUUACUCAUUUGCUGGUUACCAAAUGACUGCCAGGUGAGGGUGCUGUGACAGGUGUGUCAGUAUUAAUCCUCCCUCACAGGUUGGUGCAUUAAGUAUUAUUAGUCUUUGCCAGAGACCUCUGCAAUCAAAAUGAAGGAGAUCCUGAAUCUACACUCCCCUUAUCAGUGUAGCCGUUCUGUGGUUGCACAUGCUGGAGCACUAUUGCAUGUAAAUAAAAGCUUAUGAAAUUGACAA